AUGGGUGUCAACGGCCUCUGGACCGUGGUGCAGCCGUGCGCGCGCCCAACAAACCUCGCCACCCUCAACCGCAAGCGCCUUGCUGUCGAUGCCUCCAUCUGGAUAUACCAGUUCCUCAAAGCCGUCCGCGACAAGGAGGGAAACGCCCUCCGAAACAGCCAUGUCGUCGGCUUCUUCCGUCGCAUCUGCAAGCUGCUGUGGUUCGGCAUCCGGCCUGUCUUCGUCUUUGACGGCGGUGCUCCCGCCCUGAAACGUGCCACGCUGCAGGGCCGUCGCCGCAGACGCGAGGGCCGCCGCGAGGAUGCCGCACGCACCGCUGGGAAGCUGCUCGCCGUGCAGAUGCAGCGCCUGGCCGAGGAGGAGGACGAAAGGCGCAAGCGCCGCGUCGAGGCUGCCGGAACUGUCGGCGCGCGAGAGGACGACGACGAAGAGCAGGAGCAGCUGCCCGACAUGGACAACGUCGUAUACGCUGAAGAGCUCGGCAUGUCCAAGCAGGAGCGCCAGAAGACGCGGGGCUUCCGCAAGCAAGACGCCUAUCACCUCCCGGAGCUAGAAAACGGAAUCGAGGCCAUGGGUAAGCCCAACGACCCCCGCAUCAUGAGCGUGGAGGAGCUUGAAGAGUAUGCGAGGCAGUUCAACAACGGCGAGGACAUCAAUCUCUACGACUUCAGCAAAAUCGACUUUAGCGGCGAGUUCUUCAAGAGCUUGCCGCCGGCAGACCGGUACAACAUCUUGAAUGCUGCCCGGCUGCGGAGCCGCCUGAGAAUGGGUAUGAGCAAAGACCAGCUAGACAGCAUGUUUCCAGACCGCAUGGCCUUCUCCCGGUUCCAGAUCGAGAGAGUCAAGGAGAGAAACAACCUUACCCAGCGUCUAAUGGCCGAGAUGGGCAUGACGGGCCUGGAUCUGACUAUCAACGCACGUGUCGCGGGCGACAAAAAUCGCGAGUAUAUACUCGUCAAGAAUGAGGGCGCUGAAGGCGGCUGGGCCCUUGGCGUCGUCAGCAGGGACAAGGAUAGCGGUAAAAUACACAAGCCUAUAGACGUUGAUGCUUUGGACUUUCAGUACCAGGCGCAAAAUGACGACGACGAAGACGACGAGGACGAUGGUAUCGAGUUUGAGGACGUUCCAAUUGAGGGCGUGAACAGGCUGCCCAAGUUAAGACUGGUAGACUCUGCCGAUGAUGCCGACUACGGAGACGAUCUUUUUGUUACUAAUGAUGCCGAUCUGUUUGGCCACGACGAAGAUGCCAUCUUGGCUGACGAAGAUGAAGAUCUCAAUCGUGCCAUUGCCUUGUCCCUUCACAACCAGCAUGGUGUUGAGGCGCAGAAUGACGAAGUCCAAGACGAAGAGAAGGCUCCGGCGCCUGUGUGGACCCAGAGAGCGGCAGAGCCGGCGAAACCUAUCGUCAGCGCAAGCGGGCGCAUGGUUGCGCACAUUGUGAAUAACAGGGCCAACGCCACUGUCCCUCACCGACGAGACAGUGAGAGCAGCGAUAGCGAUGUCGAUCUUCAGUCAGCCUUGGCAGCCGCCAGAAAGAAGAAACAAGCACAAAAGCCGACGACGCAAACGCCGGCAGAGAAGGCCCCUAUCAAACCGAACGUGAAGAGUCCUUUUGACGGCCUGCUUCCCUUUGAGAGACUCAACUGGGGAAACAUGUUCUCUUCAAUGAGAAAGCCCGCGGUGGAAAAGGAGCCAAAGAGACUUAACGAGGUUGAAACUAGAGAACUGGAGGCCGAGUCGGACGACGGCGCAGGGGGUUUUGAGAAAAUAGUCCUGGAUAAAACCAAGGGCCGGGAGGUUCCCAAGCUGCGUGAAGAAGACGCUCCUCUUCCGUUGCCACCUUGGCUCGCAGACACGACCGAUAUCCGAGAGUCCCUGAGGAAACAACAGGAGCGUGACACCGAAAUGGAUGCAGAGGAUGAGGAGAUGGCUCAAGAAGAAGCCCUUCGCAUACGCCGACUUCAGGAUGAAUUGGUGGUGCAGAUUGAGUCUUCUGAUGAUAACAACAGCGACUUUGAGAUCCUCGACGCUCCUCCGCCCCUUUAUGCCCGACAAGCUCCUGCUAAGCAGUUCACCGCCAGAGAGCCUGGCGCUAGUCUUCCAUCCCUUGACGACGACGUCUUAACGGCACGCGGUAAAGCUAAAGCUACCGACACAGCAUCGGAAAAGUUUGCCCGUUCUACGUCUCCCGACGAAGAUCCUGACGUCGAGUUUGAGGAUGUUGUUGUCCCUGAGCCACAAAAUCCGCCUAUUUCGGGAUUGAAUGUGACUCAAGAGUCGGAAGAAGCCAGAAUCGAGCGGGAGUUGUUUGGAGAUGGCGCGGUUCUUGAUACCCAGCAAGGGGCAGCUGAUGGCCUCAUCACCACUGAUGAGGACCCAUUAUUCGACCCACUGGCGCCUGGCCCUGAGGAAUUUGACGAUUUCAGCGAUCCCGAGGAAGAGGAACUCCUCGCGCAGCUGGCAGAAGAGGCACAAGAACACGCGCGUUUUGCGAGCGAACUGAACAACAAAUCACAGCGUGAAAACCAAGAGGCGUACGAGGCAGAGCUCCGAGCUCUGCGGACCCAGCAGAAGAAAGACCGCCGGGAUGCCGAUGAGGUCACGCAGGUCAUGGUCACAGAAUGCCAGGCUCUGCUGCGCCUGUUUGGCAUCCCCUACAUCACAGCUCCCAUGGAGGCCGAAGCCCAGUGUGCCGAGCUCGUGCGCCUGGACCUGGUCGAUGGCAUUGUGACGGACGACUCGGAUACCUUUCUGUUUGGCGGCACCCGCGUCUACAAAAACAUGUUCAACGGCAACAAAUAUGUAGAGUGUUACCUGGCCAAGGAUCUAGAGGAAGAGCUGUCUCUCUCCCGCAAGCAGCUCAUUGCCAUUGCUCAGCUGCUCGGUUCCGACUACACCGAAGGGCUUCCGGGCGUCGGUCCCGUGACGGCAGUGGAGAUCCUGUCAGAGUUUCCCGGCAAGGAAGGACUCGAGGCGUUCAAGGAAUGGUGGAAAGACGUGCAGAGCCAUGGCCGCCCUAAGGAUGCGGAUGCCUCGUCGCCUUUCCGCCGAAAGUUCCGGAAGUCGCAGGCGACCAAGCUCUUCUUGCCUCUAGGGUUUCCCAGUCCCGCGGUGUUUGAUGCCUACCUCCAGCCCGAGGUCGACAGCACCCCGGAGCCGUUUCAGUGGGGUGUGCCCGAUGUAGAUGGCUUGCGCCAGUUCUUGACGUCGACGAUUGGCUGGAGUCAGGAGCACACCGACGAGGUACUGGUGCCGGUCAUCAGGGACAUGAACAAACGCGAGAGGGAGGGCACGCAGAGCAACAUCACGAGAUACUUUGAGGGAAGUGUCGGUGCGGGCGUCAAGGAGGCAUUUGCGCCUCGUCAGCGGGCCAAGGGAAGCAAGCGGAUGGCAGACGCGGUGGGCAAGUUGCGGGCCAAAUCAAGCACGACGGGCACCGGCAGCAUGUCUACCGAGCUUCCCGUCAUGUCUUUUUCUUCGGGGACCAAGAAGUCGAAGAAGCGCAAAACGCGCGAGCAGACUGCGGUUCUAGACGAGGGAGACGACAAUGACGGCGAUGACGACAAUGUUCAGGAACACGAAGUGGAUAAAGACGACGGCGACUCAGAACCGCAGUCCCGGACUGGCGCAAAAGGGAAGGCCAGGGGAAAUGGCAGGGGGCGGGGCAGGGGCAGAGGCAAGAGGACCAAGGCAUCUUCGUCAUAG